GCGCUGGCGCCUCCUGUCGAUAGUUAUGGGCCAUUGCCGGUGAACACAGAGCUGCAGAAAGAGAGAGGAGCAUUCUCAGAUUUCCCGAUUUCUUCCAGCCGAGUCCGCUGUGCCGCUUCCACAUCACGGCCGACAGCAAACCGAGACGACGACGACGACGACAUGCGCCCAGCGUGCCUCAUUCCCGCAUUCAUUUCAGCGAGCCAGCGUUGUCCCAAACCCACCUAAGACCCAGACAAGGUCAGGAGAUUCGAUCCUGAGGGAAUGGUGCUGCUGAGAUGACCUGCGUGACCUCACUUUUCUCAAGAGAUCAUUCUCCAAUCAAAAGAGUGGGACAGAAACGAGCCAAGACAUGGUUGGCAGGUUCACAUGAUGGACAGGUGAUGGAGUCUUCCAUCAUCUUUCUCCACCAGUGACUCGGCUUGCCAGCUCUCCCUCUGAGGCGCAAGCGUGUACCAGCAGUCCAAGGCCCUCUAUUUCUCUGCCAUGGUGACAUAAGCAGCGUUACAAUAUGAGGGAGAGCCAACGUGAGACCGUCUCAUUUCUUUCUCCAGUAGCUGCUGCAGCUGCUACCUUAACGCCAUUUGUAUUUAGCUCCAUAAGGAGACUGACUUUGUUGUGAGUUAGCCCUGCUCGCCGUUUUCUACCCACCACCGAGAGAGACUGUCCCCAAGGCGUGUUGCUGGGCCGGUGGGGCGGAGCGGCGUGGCGUGAGACGAUGCUGGGAUGCGUGACACGAGUCCGUCGGCUGGUCCGUCUCCUCCCCCUGCAGACCUCCCUCCUCCUCCUCUUCCUCUUCUGCACCGUCAGCGUCUUCAUCUCCGCCUACUUCCUCUAUGGCGUCAAACGGGAGCUGGAACCAUCGGGAGGGAGCGUUCCCGGGUCGGAGGGAGCGUCUGCGGACUCCGAUGACCCACGGGUCACCCCGUCCCGGCUGUUGCCUUUGCGGAGCGUCUCUGGGGGACCUGGGGUGGAUCCCGGAGGGGCCAGGACAGACCCUGUUGUUCUGGUGUUUGUGGAAAGCCAGUAUUCUCAACUGGGUCAGGAGAUUGUGGCCAUCUUGGAGUCUGGCCGGUUCAGGUACCGGACUGAGAUCUCUCCCGGUAAAGGGGACAUGCCCACAUUGACAGACAAAGAGAGAGGGCGUUUCACACUGGUGAUUUAUGAGAAUAUUCUUAAGUAUGUUAACUUGGACGCCUGGAACCGAGAGCUGCUGGACAAGUACUGCGUGGAAUAUGGUGUGGGCAUCAUUGGCUUCUUCAAGGCCAAUGAAAACAGUCUGCUCAGUGCACAGCUGAAAGGCUUCCCACUCUUUCUUCACUCUAACUUGGGCCUGAAGGACUGCACAGUCAACCCUAAGUCCCCCCUGCUCUUCAUCACUAAAUCUGGGCAGCCCCUGCCAGGUCCUCUCCCUGGGGACGACUGGACCGUCUUCCAGUCCAAUCACUCGACGUACGAGCCCGUGUUGCUGGCCAAAACCCAAUCAGCGGAGAGCAUUGCAUCGAUGGGGCAGAACGCAGCGUUGCUCCCGUCUGUGGUGCAGGACCUGGGGCUCCAUGACGGUAUCCAGAGGGUUCUGUUCGGCAACAACUUGGUCUUCUGGCUGCACAAGCUGGUGUUUGUGGACGCCGUGGCCUUUCUGACAGGGAAGAGACUCUCCUUGUCCCUGGAGCGCUACAUCCUGGUGGAUAUAGAUGACAUCUUUGUGGGCAAAGAGGGCACACGCAUGAAGGUGCCUGACGUAAAGGCCCUGCUGGAGACACAAAGGGAGCUGCGCACUCAUGUGCCCAACUUCACCUUCAAUCUGGGCUUCUCAGGGAAAUUCUUUCACGCCGGAUCCGAUGAGGAGGACCUGGGAGACGACCUGCUGCUUUCCUAUGUGAAGGAGUUCUGGUGGUUCCCUCACAUGUGGAGCCACAUGCAGCCCCAUCUAUUCCACAACCAGUCCGUGCUGGCCGAGCAGAUGUUGCUGAACAAGAAAUUCGCCAUGGAGCAUGGGAUCCCCACAAACAUGGGUUAUGCUGUGGCGCCCCACCACUCCGGCGUCUACCCUGUCCACAUGCAGCUGUACGAUGCCUGGAAGAAGGUGUGGGGCAUCAAGGUGACCAGCACAGAGGAAUACCCACACCUGAAGCCUGCUCGCUUCCGGCGAGGUUUCAUCCACAGCGGCAUUAGUGUGCUCCCGAGGCAGACAUGUGGUCUUUUCACACACACCAUCUUCUAUAAAGACUACCCAGGCAGCCCGAACGAACUGGACAAGCUCAUCAAUGGAGGAGAGCUCUUCCUUACUGUCCUACUGAACCCUAUUAGUAUCUUCAUGACCCAUCUGUCCAACUAUGGGAACGAUCGCCUCGGCCUGUACACCUUUAAAAGCCUGAUGAUGUUCGUCCAGACGUGGACCAACCUGAAGGUGCAGACCCUGCCACCUGUUCAGCUGGCUCAGAAAUACUUCAGCCUGUUCCCAUCGGAGAGAGAUCCACUCUGGCAGGAUCCUUGUGAGGACAAAAGACACAAGGACAUCUGGUCCAAAGAGAAAACAUGUGACCGCUUCCCCAAACUGCUUGUCAUCGGCCCUCAGAAGACAGGGACGACAGCGCUCUACCUGUUUCUUGGCAUGCAUCCUGACCUGACUAGUAACUACCCCAGUAAGGAGACCUUUGAGGAGAUCCAGUUCUUCAAUGGGCACAAUUACCACAGAGGCAUUGACUGGUAUAUGGAGUACUUCCCUCUGCCCUCAAACACCAGUUCAGACUACUACUUUGAGAAGAGUGCCAACUACUUUGACUCUGAGGUGGCUGCUCAGAGAGCUGCAGCACUCCUACCCAAAGCCAAGAUCAUCACCAUCCUCAUCAACCCAGCGGACAGAGCCUACUCUUGGUACCAGCACCAAAGAGCGCACGAUGACCCAGUGGCGUUAAAAUACUCCUUCCAUGACGUCAUCACUGCAAGCCACGACGCCCCAGUCAAACUACGGGUCCUCCAGAAUCGCUGUCUGGUGCCAGGCUGGUACGCCAUCCACCUAGAGCGCUGGCUCAACUACUACCACUCCAGCCAGUUAUUAGUCUUGGAUGGACAGAUGCUGAAAACUGAGCCUGCUUCAAUCAUGGAUAAAAUCCAGAAGUAUUUGAGCCUGGCCAAUGUCAUCAACUAUCACAAGAUCCUAGCGUUCGACCCGAAGAAAGGCUUCUGGUGUCAGCUGCUAGAGGGAGGGAAGACCAAGUGUUUGGGAAAGAGUAAAGGGCGCAGGUACCCUGACAUGGACCCUGAGUCCCAGGGCUUCCUCAGGGAGUACUAUAGAGAUCACAACAUUGAGCUUUCCAAGCUGCUCUACCGCAUCGGUCAGCCGCUGCCCAGCUGGCUCAGAGAAGAACUGGUCCACACCAGGUAGCAGCACCACAGCAGGAGCCCCACAGCUCCACACACUGAACCAUCGCUCCACCCUGCUGGGGGACACUGGCUUGAGUGGCCUGGAAUGUUGAAGAUCCCAAAUAGUUUUGAAAGAGACUGAAGUAAAUGCAGAUUUGAGGAUGGGACGCCCAGCUAGAACUCAAAACUUCACUGCAUUCUUCCUAGAUGAACAGGACAAUAGUGGAUCAUGGGCAAGAAGAGAGCGUAGUUGCUUUUUAGCAGCUGACAGCUCUCCUCUCUUUCCCUGAGCUUCGAGAUGCCGUUACUCCCCUGCAGGACAGACCAGGACCCUGGAAAACCAUAAUCCAGGGCCCCCUCUGUGUCCUGAAGACGAAGGAAAGACUCAGUGACGCACAGCAGAGACCUUCAGUGUUUGAUAACCACACCCCCUGCUCUCCUUAUUCAAACCUUCUCCUCGUCGCAUGAAUUUCAUCUUGCAAAUCAAAGGAAGGAGAGAUAAUAAAAUAAACCUGACGCUUGAGCAGCCUCGACAGUUUCAGCUCUGGAAAAACAGGUGGAAGAGAUGAUCGCGUCACCUGUCUCCAUCUAUGACGUUGAGGUGUUUUGGAGCAGAUUGAAACAGGCAGCAUAAACAGUGACUAAACAAACGGCAGCCUGAUUGACAGAGAGACAUUGGUUUGAAAUGCCUUUGACAUAAGUGAAGUGUCGGUGUGAGGAGAAUGGGACACCUGGAGUCUUGACUCAGGCUGCAUGUUGUAGCCUCACUUGAUAGGCCUUGCUAGAAUCUAGUUAUUGCAUUUACAAGUGCCAGGACAGAAUCUUCAUUAAACUAUUACCACGUGGACUUUUGAGGGUUCUCUUUUUUUUUUUCUUUUUUUUAAAGAAAAAAACAAGUUUUAUGUUUUUGUUUUCUUUACUCAGAUUUUAUUUUAACGUUUCUAUAAUGCUGAUGGCAAUGCAUUAUUGUAGAAUGUACCAAAACUAAACAUCUUUCAGUUCAGUUUUCCCGUAUUGGCCCAGAUGUACAGUAGACUGGUUUGUUAAACUGUUCAGCUCAGCCUCCUCUGUAGUCAGUCCUGUGACCUUUUUUUUAAGUUGGCUAAAGCAGGAACAGUAGGAUAGAUGUUGAAAGCACAAUAUUUAAGGCACUCAAGUGAACAUCGAUUCUGAACAUAACAGGUUACUGGAAAGCACACUAACAAAAAUGGAUCCCGCUACAAUCUGUGAAGAAGAUCAUAAGCUAGCUACUGUAUGUUUAAUUAAACACUCUGGUCUCAGAGAUUCAGAUAGUGUACAGAACAAGAUUGUGCGUUUCAAAUCUGUAUUCAGCUUCUUCUUUUUCUUUUUUUUUUUUUUUUUUUGUCGAAACUGUAUAUUUUGUCUUAUAUUUUGUGUCAUUUCAUUUACUAGAUGAGUUUUCAGUUUGGGGGAGGGGGCGGGGGAGAAAAAAAUAAGUUGUCUCUGGGAAAAAUGUUUAAAGUUGCCAGGAAAACCAACAGUAUGCCCAGUGAGACCAUACAGAUGUUUGGUUGUCGGUCAAGGUAUUACCACUGCAACUAGAUGUCAAGCAUAGAUAACAAAAAGCUGCUCUUAUUGCAAUAGUUUUGUACAAUGUUCUGAUGUAAUAACAAUGCACAUGUUGGUCCUUUUAUUUCCAGACUUUGUAUUGUACAUAAUACUCUCAAAACCCUCUGUAGACCUAAAUUAUUGAAUGUGUUUGGGUUUACACUCUCCAUCAGCCCAUUCCCAUAGUGUGAAAUGUCAGUGCUGUACUGAGGGGAGUUUGGAUUAUUUCAUUGUGCGGAGAUUUGUCACUAAGAUUGUUUCCUCUCAUGUCCUCUCACUGCCAACUAUUGUACACAGGUACUGAGUCUCUCCAUAUAAAAGUAUUAAGUGAUAACACAUAACAGCAAUGAUGGUACUAAUCUCCUGGACUGUAUGAUAAAGAUUUGUAAUUGUUGUCAAUAAUUUUUACAGUGUAACUAAUAUUGUCGGUGCUUUUUAAUUUGCAAAUAAAACACCACUGUAUUUUUCAGUA